CAUGUAAGAGAUACUAUUUACUUUCAAUCAAAGAUUCAAAUAAUUUUGAUAGUGAAUCUUCUACUGAAGAAAGUGAGAAUAAUCCCUGUCAGCUUAAAGUACCACGAUUAGCUAAAGAAUCAUUAAACUGGGACCCGAAUUGGUCUAAAUUAUAUCCUUGGGUUUAUCAUGGAGAAGGACCAUUAAACAAAUUUAUGUUUUGUCGUUGGUGUAUAGAAGCUGGUAAAAAUAAUAAGUUUACUAAUGGUUGUGAAUACUUUAAAAAACAAUCCUUAGACCGGCACGUUAAUAUUAGUGAUCAUUGGAUAGUAUGUGCCGCUCGAGUACAAUCUCAAAUUACCUUACAUUCUAGUUUUGCUAUUCAAGCUAGAACCGAUCAAAUUAAGCUUGCUGAUAAUGAUAAACGAACGUCAUAUAGUAGUUAUCAAAAUAAUGUUUCAGCACGUAAAUUUAUUGAAUCAAUUGGUCAUGUUAUAGAACAAGAAACUUUUCAAGAACUACGUAAUUCAGAUGCAAAACCAAUUUAUCGAUUUCUUGGAUUAAUUUUAUUAACAGAUAGUACUGCAAACACAAUUAUUGCUGAAAUUGAUCG